AUGAUGAACACUGUUGAUGUAGUGCUGUUCACUAUAGGGUUCUCGAAUGACUCUCAGUGGUGUUUUAGUGUUGUGACGUGGGUGUCAUUUGUCUCCAAAGUGGAAGUUAGGUCUACUUCCAACUCUUCUGAGGGAAACAGGAUACAAGUGCAGCAAACUGGGUCUCAUCUACUUGUGUGUUAG